AUGUUUAGGGUCGCUGCUUGGAAAACAGGAAAAGAGAUCGCUCGUUCCAGCCAGGUCCCAACUCCACCCGCACCCGGGCUCCCCCGGGCUGACGGUCCAAAGGACGAAUGCUUGAUUUGUAAAGUUCCCUGUCGUACAGUUUUACUUUCAGAACACACGGACGCAGGCAUCCAGGCACUCUUCAUGGGCAUAGAUGGUCUGUGCACCAAAUACUCCAAGGAGACCUCCCAGAUUUCAGAAUUUCAAGAAAAGCACAGGAAGAGACUGUUAGCCUUCUACAGAGAAAAGAUUGCCAGGCUGGAAGAGUCCCUCGGGAAGUCCAUGCUCCGGGUAGAGCAGCUGCAAAGUAUGAGAUCGUCCCAACUCACAGCCUUCGGCACAAUGAAAAAUCCAGUUUCAACAGAGCCCAGUGGACGGCUGCUCCUGUGCCCCAGCUCCUCCGCCUCUGAGAGAGUGGAGCCCAUGGAGGUCGACCUCAUGCCCUCCCCCAUGAGACGGCCUGAGCUAGCAGCUGGCCCAGCCAGAGUCUCCCUGAUUAGCCCUCCUCAGGGUGGACGCAUGGCUCUCCAGAGCCACACCUGUGCCCACCGCUCUGAUGCACAAGGCCGUCCCCACCCACUGCCUGACUACAGCCUGCCCCUGACAGGACUGAUGGCCCUCCUCGCCCCACCCCACCACCCUGGACCUGGCCCGCUGCGGGUAUCGGCCGAUUGUAACACGCGGCUUUUGUUAGCAUGA